AAUGCUCUCUCUCUCUUUUUCCCGACAAAUGACCUACAAAACCCCUCCAUUGCCCUCUGUGCCAAAGCUGUGAGGUGCCCCCCUCCCUCCUCCUUUGACCCUCCUGAUACUGCUUCCACUGAGCUCGUAUUUGAGUUUUCAUCUGGAAAGGAGUCAUCUUUGCGGAGGUGAGGAGAGGAAGAGGGACAAGGGCUCCCUUCUGACUACAAAGAUAGCAUCUUUCUUCAAUCUACGAACUCUUUGAAUCUAUGGCUAUAAACUAUGAAUGCGCUGCAUCUGCCCUCCUCUGCGCCGAGGACAACAGUAGCAUCCUGGAUUUCGACGACGAUGGUGAGGAGCAGGGUGGGCUUGGGUGUGGUUGGAUUUCAGAAGCAAAAAGCUACGAUUUUUAUGGGGAUUUCCUCGUGGACCUCCCUGUUCAAUCGAAUGAGUGCGUGGGUUCGCUUGUCGAGAGGGAAGCUGAGCAUAUGCCGAGGGAGGACUACUCUGAGAGGCUGCGGUCCGGGGCAUUUGAUUCGGCGAUCAGGAGGGAUGCCAUUGAUUGGAUUUGCAAGGUUCAUGCCCAUUACAACUUUGGGCCACUGUGUGUAUAUUUAGCUGUCAAUUACUUGGAUCGCUUCCUCUCUGCCAAUGAGCCUCCUAAAGGCAAGGCUUGGAUGAUCCAACUAUUAUCAGUGGCAUGCUUAUCUUUGGCUGCCAAGAUGGAGGAAACUGAAAUCCCUCUGCCUCUGGAUUUGCAAGUAGCAGAUGCAAAAUAUGCAUUCGAAUCCAGGACUAUCCUGAGAAUGGAGCUGCUGAUGCUUAGUACACUCAAAUGGAAGAUGCAAGCAGUUACUCCUUUCGCUUAUAUUGAUUUCUUCCUCCAUAAAUUCAAUGGUGGUAGUGCCCCAAGUAAGCUUUUGGUGUCACAUUCUGUGGAGUUAACAAUAAACACGAUUAGAGGGAUUGAUUUCUUGGAAUUCAGACCUUCUGAAAUUGCUGCUGCUGUUGCGCUGUUUGCUUUGAUUGAGCAUAAGAUUGUGGAAUUCGAUAAGGCUAUUUCAUGCUGUACCCAUGUGGCGAAGGAAAGAGUCUUGAGAUGUUAUAAGUUGAUAGAAGACUCGAUAGGAGUAAGGAAUAUGCUGCAUAAACUUGCUAGCUCAUCAGUUACAACCAUACCGCAAAGCCCAAUUGGAGUGUUGGAUGCUGCUUGCUUGAUCUACAAGAGUGAUGAUACAACUGCUGGUUCAUUUGCAUCGUGUCGUCAUGAUUCUCCAGCUUGUAAGAGAAGGAAAAUAAGCAUUUCAUAAGAAAUGCGAAGGCGCGUUGUAGGGUUUUGGUGUUUCCAACAACUAGUAUGGUUUGGUUAAUGGUGCAACAGAAUUUUGUCUAAAGUCUGAGAAAAGGAACCAGUAAAAAAGGAGCAUCAAACGAAACUAGGCAGCAACUACUCAUCCCUAAAGAUUGAAACAAGCACCACCAGAUGUUGAAUAGAAAAAAACAUGAACUCAGCACUGAGCAACUAGAUGAAGUGGUGCUCGAUGCAACUGUAGUCACCGUUCGUUUUUCUUUUAGCUUGUAUCAGGGCUGCAAGGGCUAAACUGACUGGCUAAACAAAAGCAAAAAAAAGGAGAAAAUAUAGUGUAAAAAAAGAGAGGAAGUAACUUUCCUCAAGAAGGCUUGAUUUAUCGACAUUGUUUAAAUGAUCAGCUGUGCAUUAUGUUGUUGCUAUCCUAUUCUUUGAAUGAUUUUACGCUUGCACUCUCUAUUGUGCUUUUCUGGUGCCGUAUUAGAUAAAAUUUUGUUUUCUUAGAA